UUGAAGCCCAACAGCAACAUCGGGAGUGUGGUUUUUGCGCUGUCUUGUCCUGCUGGUCGCCAUUGGCCCAAGCUUGAUCCUCAGCAGUGGAUCGCUGGUGGCAUAUAGCUUUGCUACAGCCUGAACACCAAGCUUGGAAACGCUGCUGUGUGCCCCCAAUCUUUGUGCAACAUUCUUUCCUCAACAUAAGACUGCCUUCUGCAGGAAAGCAAGUUCACACUUCUGGACCAACCGGUUAUCAACACCACGCAUGCUGUAGGGCAGUGGAGACCAGACGCGGCUCGGACACAUCAAUUGGACGCCACGCCGGUCAAAACUUUCCGACCAAAUGGGAGAGGGUGCGUACUUGACGAGAAGCCCGAUUUUCUGUUCCUCGGACUUUGGAGAUUGCAGCUUCUGCAGCCUUGCAGCAUGGGCCGUCCUGGGCUUGAGAUCACCGGCUCACUGACAGGAGCACAUCGUGGUCCACGCGAUGUGCUUUGUACACGGCCGCCGACUAUAUCUCCAAGCAUCGUUGCAUUCACUCACUCAGGGCCCAGCAGCAAGCUACCGAUGGCCCGUGCUAACGUUCCGCGCUUCCUCCUGGUGCAGUUCCUGGGACUUUGGAGAUCGCAGCUUCUGCAGCCUUGCAGCAUUCGCGCCCCGUGCCCCGAAUCUGUCGCCAGGUUAACUACAGGCGCAAAACAUCCGGUAUGCGGGCGUAUUGCGGUGGAGCCAAUGGGCCGUCCUGGGCUUCAGAUCACCGGCUCACUGACAGGAGCACAUCGCGGUCCGCGCGAUGUGCUUUGUACACGGCCGCCGACUAUUUCUGCAAGCAUCGUGGCAUUCACUCACUCAGGGCCCAGCAGCAAGCUACCGAUGCCCCGUGCUAACGUUGCACGCUUCCUCCUGGUGCAGUUCCUGGGACUUUGGAGAUCGCAGCUUCUGCAGCCUUGCAGCAUUCGCGCCCCGUGCCCCGAAUCUGUCGCCAGGUUAACUACAGGCGCAAAACAUCCGGUAUGCGGGCGUAUUGCGGUGGAGCCAAUGGGCCGUCCUGGGCUUCAGAUCACCGGCUCACUGACAGGAGCACAUCGCGGUCCGCGCGAUGUGCUUUGUACACGGCCGCCGACUAUUUCUGCAAGCAUCGUGGCAUUCACUCACUCAGGGCCCAGCAGCAAGCUACCGAUGCCCCGUGCUAACGUUGCACGCUUCCUCCUGGUGCAGGGCAGUGGAGACCAGACGCGGCUCGGACGCAUCAGUUGGCACGCCACGCCGGUCAAAACUUUCCGACCAAAUGGGAGAGGUUUCCGGACAUUGGAGCUAGCAGCUUCUGGAGCCUUGAGCUUUCGCGCCCCGUGCCCAGAAUCUGUCGCCAGGUUAAGUCCAGGCGCAGAACUUCCGGUCUACGGGCGUAUUGCGGUGGAGCCAGUGGGGCCGUCCUGGACUUCAGAUCACCGGCUCACUGACAGCAGAUCGCGGUCCGCGCACUUUGUACACGGCCGCCGACUAUAUCUACAAGUAUCGUGGCAUUCACUCAGUCUUCUGAACACCGGAGCCCCCCCUGUGCAUUCUGCGCAUGCGUGGAAUUCUGUUAAAACGCAACGCCCCAUCAGCGCGCCCCUCAGUGGGUACGGCAGCAAGCCAGCGAUGACCCGUGCUAACGUUCCACGCUUCCUGCUGGUGAAGGAAUCACUUAACAGCGCUUCAAUUCCACAUGACUGGCAGGAGGGCAAGGUCAUCACAGUCUUCAAGAAAGGAAGCCGUGGUCAUCACCGAGUAACUGCCGCCCUAUUGCCAUAACAGCGUCUCUUGUAAAAUAAUGUAACACAUUUUACACUCACCUAUUGCUAACUUCUUAACAUCCGUCAAUUUUUUUUACCCAAGUCAACCCGGUUUCCGCAAAAAUUAUUACUGUGACACUCAACUUCCUCUCAUCUUGCAUGACUUACAUUUAAACCUAGAUCGUGACAUGCCGACUAAUACAAUAUUUUUAUAUUUUGAAAAAGCGUUCGACAAGGUCACACAUGGUCAUCUCUUAAUGUAGUUAUCCCAUCUUGACAUUCAUUCCUGUGUUCUAAGCUUGGUUUCGAGGGCUUUUAACUAACCGUCACCAGUUCGUAUACGCUUACUCACACCCUUCAUCCUUAACACCCGUGCUUUCAGGCGUUCCUGAAGGUACCGCACUUGGUCCCCUUCUUUUCUUAAUAUACUUCAAUUACCUGCCUUGUAAUAUUUCUUCUCAUAUCCGACUCUUCGCAGAUGAUUGUGUGGUUUACCGAGCAGUUACUAGCCCCAUGCACCGACCAAUUGGCGUUACAAAAUGACCUAUCGCGCAUACUAAAUGGGUGUAACACUUGGCUCAUGUCAUUAAAUGUAGCUAAAGCCAUUUUAAUGUCUAUUCAUCGUCGUCCCAAUUAUGAUUUGCCUAAUUAUAGCAUCAAUAACACGGAGAUUGCAACAACUGACUCAUUCAAACAUCUUCCUCUGUAUAUCUCGCGUGACUAAACUUGAACCUGUCAUGUUAGCCACAUAAUAAGUUCUGCUAAGCGUACUCUAGGUUAUCUACAACGUAACCUUUUCCUCGCUCCUCCCUCUAAUAAACAACUUGCUUUUCUAACCUUGUGUGGCCCAAGCUGGAGUAUGCCGAUGCUAUUUUUGACUCCCACCACAAAAUAACCUUAGUAACGCCCUCGAGUCGGUUCAGAA